GCAGCCAAUGAUGCCGAAAAACCAUAUCUAUAAGCACUCCUAGAUAGUGCAAUCAAAAGGGAACAGGAGGCAGAGAAGGAGAUGAAGGAGACCUUGCUGAAAAGGCAAGUGGCCAUCCUAAAGACUGUUCCCUCACCGACUGAAGAGCAGUGUGGGGAACAAUUGCAGUCUAUACUCACAACCCUUGUUCAAGUCAGGAAUCUUGAGGAUCAUACCAGUCAGAUCGUUGAAGUCUUCGCAAAGUUGCAAACACUUCAAGAUGAUCUGACUGAUAUGACCCGCAAGUACCAUGAAUUGACAAGGGAGGUAGCUGAGCUGCGACAAGCCCAAGUGGCCAACCCUCUUCCUCUACCCCUUGGAUCUGAAGCUGCAAUUGAAACUACCUCUGCCUCUCUUACUGUAUCUUCUUCCUUGAAUGUGUUGGCAACCCCCUCGGGACCUGCAACAAGUGCAAAUUCCGCUGUUGCUGUGACAAGCAGCGAGGCCGAAAAUUCUGCAACUGGUGCAGCCCCAAGAUUGGAACCAGCAGGAGCUGGUCCCAGCAACGCCGGUCCCUAUGUGGAUCGUAAGGCGGUUCAAAUACCGUCUAAGUACGACAGCAAAGAAGACAUCGAAUCCUGGAUCAGCUCCACGACGGCAUAUUUCGAGAUUCUGGGGACUCAACCUGAGAACCAGUCUGUGAUCAUGGGAAUGAAUGUCGAACCGGCCGUGGGGGGCUUCUUAGAGGUCCAACCUACGCGAGCUGGGAUUCCUAAAAUUCAACUAACAAGAUGGCUUAAGGCCACCCCGGUUGCCUCCCUCGAGAAACUACUCAUUUCACAAUACCUGGAUCCACAUGCUGCAUCAAGGGCAAUAAUUCAGCUUGACAAGAUCAAGCGCAGCAAGUGGGCGGGCUCCAUGAAAAACCUGCAGACCUAUCUUAGCAAGAUGUUUGCUACACCCGGAUUGGAACUGACUGCGCAAUCUUGCUUGGAUGUGGUCAAAGGCGCGGUUCCCACCAACUUUACUAAUCGCGUGGGCAGGGACUUCAUUGGUUACACUGACUGGUUCACCUUGAUGAAGGACAUAGUCAGUCUUGAGGAUGUAAACCUCGUCACCACAGCAGGCAGCAAAAAGCCCAUGGGCGACAAACGGUUCAAAGGCAGCAACCGUUUAGCUGUGCAUGACCUGCUGGAGGCCGAAGAAGAUGCCGAUGCAGAUGACCCCACUCUUGGUGACGACCAAGAACAAGACUCUGAUACAGCUUGUGGGUGCAAGGUCUUCUCCAAGAUCGAUCUCAAGUCUGGCUACCACCAGAUUGAAGUCGAUCCUGCGAACCAGCAGAAGACUGCGUUCAAGACACGCGAUGGGCUUUACGAGUUUACCGUAAUGCCCUUCGGUCUCACGAACGCACCGACCACCUUCCAAAGCCUCAUGGACAAAGUCCUCCGUGAACAGAUUGGCCGGUUCGUGGUGGUCGACCUCGAUGACAUUCUAAUCUUAAGUAAGCCCAUGAAGGAACACCUCAAGCACCUUGAGGAAGUACUGACCAUCCUCAAGAAGACGCAACUCCAUCUCAACUUAGAGAAAUCUGAGUUUGGGAAGGAUAGUGUCAUCUAUCUUGGGCACCGGUUGUCUGCUGCAGGCCUAAAGCCUGAAGCAACCAAGGUGGAGGUCGUACGCAACUGGCCUCAACCCGUGAACAUUUGCGAACUGCGUUCUUUUCUUGGUCUCGCGUCAUACUAUCGGAAGUUUGUGCCCCGCUUCUCCAUUGUUGCGCGUCCAUUGUCUCGACUAACAAGUAAGAAUGUUCCCUACUCUUGGGACACCACGUGCACGAAUGUCUUUCAAGCCUUGAAGGACGCCUUGAAAGGAGGCAAACUCCGCAUGUCUAUUGACUAUCGCGAUCUAAACCGCAUCACAAGAAAGAAUGCUUAUCCAUUGCCUCGUAUAGAUGACUUGCUUGAUGCCGCAGGUGGGUGCAAGGUCUUCUCCAAGAUCGAUCUCAAGUCUGGCUACCACCAGAUUGAAGUCGAUCCUGCGAACCAGCAGAAGACUGCGUUCAAGACACGCGAUGGGCUUUACGAGUUUACCGUAAUGCCCUUCGGUCUCACGAACGCACCGACCACCUUCCAAAGCCUCAUGGACAAAGUCCUCCGUGAACAGAUUGGCCGGUUCGUGGUGGUCGACCUCGAUGACAUUCUAAUCUUAAGUAAGCCCAUGAAGGAACACCUCAAGCACCUUGAGGAAGUACUGACCAUCCUCAAGAAGACGCAACUCCAUCUCAACUUAGAGAAAUCUGAGUUUGGGAAGGAUAGUGUCAUCUAUCUUGGGCACCGGUUGUCUGCUGCAGGCCUAAAGCCUGAAGCAACCAAGGUGGAGGUCGUACGCAACUGGCCUCAACCCGUGAACAUUUGCGAACUGCGUUCUUUUCUUGGUCUCGCGUCAUACUAUCGGAAGUUUGUGCCCCGCUUCUCCAUUGUUGCGCGUCCAUUGUCUCGACUAACAAGUAAGAAUGUUCCCUACUCUUGGGACACCACGUGCACGAAUGUCUUUCAAGCCUUGAAGGACGCCUUGGUAAGUUACCCGGUACUCCGCAUUGCAGAUCCCAAACAGACAUUCGUAGUUACUACGGAUGCAAGUCAGUAUGGAAUCGACGCAGUGCUGGAACAAGAUGACGACGAUGGCUUGCGGCCACUUGAAUACUACAGCAAACGCAUGCCCAGCGUAAAUGUUACGGACUCUGCCAGGGCUCGAUCCCUGGUCUACCUUUUGCUGUUUCAGCUGCAUCCCGUUUUCGGCCUGGCACCCUUUUUCCAAACCCCUCCUUUGGUACCGUAGGAUUUUGGACAACUGGCGCCAUGCUGCAAUUCGGGCGCCACUUUCAAAUACUGCAUUUUCCAG